AUGGUCAAACGCAAGCGCUCCAUUGGGCCCGCUGAUACCUAUAUCAAGCGAUCCCGCCGCGCGGCGAAAGCAAAAAGAUCUGCCACGCCCACCCCGCUGGGACAGCCAAUUGCUGGCAGUAUCACCGAAGCAGCCAAGAGCAAUCAGAGCAACAGAUUGCUGUCUCUUCCAGCAGGGUACCUUGAGACUUUCCAUCACGUCCCCGACAAGACGAAUUCCGACCAAAAGAUCCCCACCCGACCCGCUCGUCCUCCUGCGAAGAUGACGGUAUACUUCAACAAGUUUGACAAGAAGGAACAACGUCCCUUCGAUGUUCUGCCCCUUAUGCGGCUGAUGCAGGGCUAUUCAUCACUUCGAUGCGACGUCUGGACACUUAACCCCGGGCGCGAUAAUCGCUCCCCACAACCUCACGGUGUUGAAGAUCGAGACAUCCACGAUGCAGUGUUUGCAACUCAAAACUCACUUUGGGCGCAUCCUGAUCCGAAAUUCCUCCCAAGCCUCAACCGCAUAUCUUUCUCUCCUCACGGUACACUGAAUAUUAGUGUUCAAGACGAAGCUCUCAAGGACUGGAUGAAAACCAGCAAGAUGAGGCAAUGGACUGGUGCUGACUGGAAACGUAAGCGUGGCAAGGGGAUAGACAAAGACGGUACGUGGCUGAAAGACAGGCAAGAGCACACGCGGAAGUAUCUGGAAGCAUCUGGAAUGAAUGUCGAGCUGUUGAAGGGGUGGAAAGUGACCGUGGGUGAAGGGGCAGGUUAG